CCAGUCAUGGCUGUCACCAACAUCAUGCGGUUGUGUUUCUUUUGUGGGCUGGUGCUCUUCCUGUGCUCUCAGUUGGCUGCGGCUGGCAGGUUGCGGCAUGCACGCGCCCACGAUGGCUUCCACAACAUCGAGAGAGAGGCAGCCUGGCGGCAUUCGCCACGUCAGAGGGCGCAUCAAGCAAACAAUCGCCCGAAUAGUCAGGGAUGAUUCGUAUUCGCGAAGGUUGCAGCUACAUGCGAUCGUUAGAAUCAGAAGAUCAAUUAAUAUCAAAUAAAUAAAUGUAUGCAAUAAAAACAAUAGAAAGCUGAAAAA